AUUAACAGCCCCGCUAUGGCGCGUCGUUUGUCAACGCCAUUGGUCAUGUUGGCGGCUGGACUAAGUUUGACUGCGAUGCAGGAAGGUUUCAUUCCUGAGGGACGAGGCCCGCAGGGACCAAAGUUGUCGCGAAGGGCGAUGUGGUUGGCACCAGUGCUGGGGAAAGCAGCAGCGGCGAUGGCAGAAGAGCCGAUCUCCUCUGACCUGGUCCUGGUGGAUGCAACCAACCUCUUGCUGCCGUCCACGGAAACGAAUUUGAACCGUUUGCUUCGCAAACUUCAGCAAGAGACGGGUUUAAAGCUACGAUUGAUAUGUCCGCCCCGUGGAAUCCAAGACAAUCGGGACGAGUUUGAAGCAUGGUUGAAGCCGUUCAAGAAGGACUUGAGCGUCAGUUUGGACACUGUGGUGAUUCUCGCCGAGGAACGUUUCAUGGCACGUGCCAAGCAGAUCCCCCUGCAGCUGAUGUCCAUCCAAGCAGGUUCGCGCUUGCAGGAACGGUUUCAGUAUCGUUUGACCAACGGCCUGCUGAUCAGCAUUGCCGAACGCUAUGGCAAUUCGGACUCAGUGGCCAAGACAGGACCGGAUUUGGCCAUCGAACAAGCGACCCGAAAUGUGGCUGCUGCCAUGUUUGCGCUGAUCGAUGAUCCACAAGUGCGCUAUUUGAGGGCGCUACCUGAAGAUCAGGUGGCCAAAAUCCUCCAGAAGCACGGCUUGUAGCGCUGGGGCCACCAGAUGGGUCCAAUGGGUGAUGGAGCC